GAUGACGUGUACAGCUUCUGUUUACUAAGGAACUGCCCCCUGGCUUCGCUGUAGCAUUUUAUCCCCUAAUCCAAAACUCCCAACAUCUGCUUCCCAGACAGGCUGGGACCUUCGAUGGAGUGAGUGUUGAGCCCCGGUGAGAUGACUGACCAGGGCAACAACAAUCACAACAUCUCCUGCAACCCCUUCGCUGCCCUCUUUAGCUCGCUGGCUGAUGCCAAACAGUUUGCAUCCAGCCAAAAACCACAACAGCAGUCUGCCCAGCCGCCCUCGGAGGACUCGGGAGAAAGCCAGUCGGAGUCGGAGAACUCGGUCUCCGACAGCGUCGACGACAACGAUGACUCCGUGGCAGAGAUCAGCCGCUCCUUCCGGUCCCGGCAGGAGCUUUGUGAACAGCUCAACGUCAACCACAUGAUCCAGAGGAUAUUUUUGAUCACUCUCGAUAACAGCGACCCUAGUCUGAGAGGAGGUAAUGGGAUCCCUCCUCGGUGUGUUUACCUGGAAGAAAUGGCCGCUGAUCUGGAUGGCCAGGACUGGCUGGACAUGGACAACAUAGAGCAGGCUCUGUUUAACCGCCUGCUGCUGCUGGAGCCGGGAAACCAUCUCAUUUACAUGACAUCCUGCAGUGCAGUGAACCUGUCUGCUGACCGGGAUGCUGGAGAAAAAUGUGCCAUCCCUUACCUUUUUGCUUGUUACCAGAGGGCCAAUGAGGAGUUGACAAAAGUACCCGAGAAGUUGCACUCGUUUGCUGUUCGCUGCAAGUCCCUGACGGUGUCCAACGCGCGGACCGUUCUGCUCACCCCAGAAAUCUACGUCAACCAGAACAUCCACGAGCAACUUCUGGACCUCCUGCUCGAAGGGUUCAGAGGAGCACGGCCCGAGGAGGUGGUCGAGUUUGUGGAGGAGGUCAUCGCCGGCCUGCUGUCUGACCAGGAGGUGCGCACCUUUGAGGAGGUGAUAGUUCCGGUCUUCGAUAUCUUCCAGGGGCGCAUCAAAGACUUGGACCUUUGCCAGCCUCUGCUCUACUUCUACCUGGAUGUUCUCCUCUAUUUUAGCCACCAUAAGGAUAUCGCCAAGGUAUUGAUGGAGCACAUACAGCCCAAAGACCCAGCUAAUGGCCUGCAGUACCAGAAGAGCCUGCUGGGGGUGGUUUUGAAUAUUUCCUGCUUGCUGAAGACGCCAGGUGUUGUAGAGGGGCACGGCUACUUCCUGAACCCCUCUCGCUCCAGCGCCCAGGAGACAAAGGUCCAGGAGGCCAACAUCCACCAGUUUAUGGGUCAAUUUCACGAGAAGCUACACCAGAUCUUGAAAAGCUUGCUGCAGCGCUCCAAUGAGACACGCCACUUGCUGCUCACGUGGCUGGGCAACUGCCUGCAGGCUAACGCAGGCCGAGCCAAGAUCUGGGCCAACCAGAUGCCGGAGAUCUUCUUCCAGAUGUAUGCCUCGGAUGCGUUUUUCCUCAACCUGGGUGCCGCUCUGCUGAAGCUGUGCCAGCCGUUCUGCAAGCCCUGUUCACCCAAACUGCUCACCUUCAACCCCACAUACUGCGCGCUCAAAGAUGUGAGCGAAGACGAGCGGCGUAACCGUAACAUCCAUGCAAGAGGUCUGGAGAAGGAGACGUGCCUGAUCCCUUUGCCCCCCCAGCAGCAGGUGGAGUCCGCGCAGUCCUACACCCUGCUGACGGAAAACCUCAUCUUCACACAACUCACCAUGCACCUUGGCUUUCACAGACUCCACGAGCAGAUGGUCAAGAUGAACCAGUCGCUCCAUCGGCUCCAGGUGACGUGGCAGGACGCCCAGCGGACAGGCAGCCCCAUGUCAGAGCAGCUCCUGGAGCAGUUUGAGCGUCUGAUGAUCGUGUAUCUGUCAACCAAAGCUGCCACCACGCAGCCCGCCAUGCUGCACUGCUGCCUUAACCUCCAAGCUUCCACCGCCGCUCUGCUCGUUCAGCUCGGCAUGGGAAACCAGGGGCCCGAGCACGUAGCACUCACCUUCCCGCUGGCGUCCCUGCACAACAGCACGCUCUGCUACAUACCAGAGUUCUUCGCAGAAAACAUGGGAGACUUCUUCAUCUUCCUGCGUCGCUUUGCGGACGACGUCCUGGAGACCUCUGCAGAGUGUCUGGAGCACAUCCUUAACUUCAUCACGGUCUUCAUGGGGAACGUGGAGAGGAUGAAGAAUCCUCAUUUAAGAGCCAAGCUUGCAGAGGUGCUGGAAGCCGUGAUGCCUCACAUGGAGCCGCUGGCCCCCGGUGUUGCUCAGCCGAUCGUUUUCCAGAGGGAGAGAGUCUUCUGCUCCUAUGUGCAUGCACCUCAGCUGGCUGAGGCCCUCAUCACUGUGUUUGUUGACAUUGAGUUUACAGGUGAUCCUCAUCAGUUUGAACAGAAGUUCAACUAUAGGAGACCCAUGUAUCCGAUUCUGAAGUACAUGUGGAGCAAAGACAGCUACAGAGAGAGCAUCAAGCAUUUGGCAAACUAUGCAUCGGAGAACCUGGAGGCCAUGAACCCCCCUCUGUUCCUCAGGUUCCUCAACCUGCUCAUGAAUGAUGCCAUCUUUUUGUUGGAUGAAGCUAUUCAGUACUUAAGUAAAAUUAAGAUUCUGCAGCUGGAGCGUGACAGAGGGGAGUGGGAAAGUUUGGCCCCUGACGCCCGAAGAGAAAAAGAGUCGAGCCUGCAGAUGUUUGGCCAAUUGGGACGCUUCCACAACAUCAUGUCCAACGAGACUAUUGGCACCCUGGCCUUCCUCACCUCAGACAUCAAGGGUAUCUUUGUGCAUCCGUUUCUGGCUGAGAGGAUCAUCUCCAUGCUGAACUACUUUUUGCAGCACCUGGUCGGUCCAAAGAUGGGUGCACUGAAAGUCAAGGACUUCAGCGAGUUUGACUUUAAGCCGCAGCAGCUCGUCUCUGACAUCUGCACUAUCUACCUAAACCUGGGUGAUGAGGAAAAUUUCUGUGCUACAGUCCCAAAGGAUGGACGAUCAUAUUCACCCACCCUCUUCUCCCAGACUGUCCGUGUGCUAAAGAAGAUCAACAAGCCUGGCGACAUGAUUGUAGCGUUUGGGCUCCUAGCAGAUAAAAUAAAGUCCCAUGCAGAUAGGCAGCAGCAAGAAGAGGAAACCUAUGCAGAUGCUCCAGAUGAAUUCUUGGACCCCAUCAUGUCCACCCUGAUGUUGGAUCCUGUCCUCCUUCCCUCUUCCAAUGUAACUGUAGACCGUUCCACUAUAGCAAGACAUCUCCUCAGCGACCAAACGGACCCUUUCAACCGCAGUCCUCUCACCAUGGACCAGAUCAAGCCAAACGAGGAGCUCAAACAGCAGAUCUUACAGUGGUUGGAGCAGCACCGGCAGGACAAGCAGCAGCAGCAGGAGCUGGGCCCCAGCGGCUAGUCCCAGACCCUCUGGCAGUGAAAAACAGUGGCUCUUCUCCCACCGUUGAUUUGCUCCUUUGCUUCAGUGCAAAUCCAUAGUGGUCUCACCUCUGUGGAUUUCUUCUUACUCCUCUGCCCUAGCUGCUAUUGCGUUAGCCCUCUCGUGCAGCCUUCAUGCUUAAUGGAUCCUCGCUGUGACAACAGACCAUGCAACGUUCGCUUUAAAAUCAAUGAAAAGUAGCUGUGGUACCCGCAUGGUACUCUGUCGGAUUACCAUUUGCAGCUCAGUUCAAUAUCAACUCCUGUUUCACCUUUUUUUAUAAUGCAAGGUAAGUAUUUUGGGCCAGUCAUGGGUUCAAAUAUGGAUGGAGGUGUUUCAAGUUCCAAACCGAAUUUACCCUUGUGAAGAAUAUACCAUAGUCUGCCUUUCAAAGUUCACCAAGGCUCCAUAAAUUUGCACUCAUUGUAAAAAAAAAAAAAAAUAAAUUGGCUACAUAAAGUGAAAUAAACUAAAUUCCUAUAUUUUAUUUGACAAUGAUUAAGUUUUACUUUGAGGUUUUAAAAACCUUACUGUAUUUGCAUUUUAAAAUGGUUAUUAACUGUUAUCCAAAAGAAGUAGUUUGAUUUUGAAGCAAGCUUGUAUGAAGUAUAUGGAUCAGUGCAGCUCCUGAAACCGUCUCAUUCUGUUCUCAUUGUAGAGUCGUGCUUACAGCAACUGAGAAGGUAGCCAAGACGAGCAAAUGUUCUUGUAUAGCAAACAAAAACACCAUUUUAAGCAGAUUUUGGCUGAUUCGGCAUUAGGAUUGUUCUCUGACAGGGUUUGGAUUCUCCUUGUUACCUGCUAGUAAGAUACUUUCCACUCAUAAGUACUCCACACAAAACACUUAGAAAUCCCCCCAAAUUUUCCUAUUUAGAAAGAAAUAAUUUCCUUGUUUGGCUGAAGGAUUUAAACUGUUUUCAAGCCAUAUAUAGAAAGCAAAAAAGAAAAAGUAAAAUAGAAACCCACGUUAAAAUGCAUAAAUCCAGUGUAACUAGUGGAUUUAUAGACUCUUUGUUAUGCAGAUUGUAAAUGUAGCAGCUACUUACAGCAGUUGCAACCUGAUUGGGACUGUUACAAGUGUUUUUUUGUGGAGCAUGAAAAUAUUAAAACCUUGAAGAGAGUUGCUGAAUAUGUUUAAAAUUAAAAAUACUUUGUUUUUCAGACCAUUUGCAAGUUUUUUUCCAAGACAAUCUAGCUGAGUAGCUUAAUGCGUGAAAUUAUGGAUACCCUCAAUCAGACACAAAGUGGUGGUGAUGGGGUAUUCGUUUGGAGGUUUGGACUCAAGAAAAAGCAAUUGAAACUGGAUUUUGACAUCAUUAUUGUAACAGAAUCCCUUUAUCUGCGUUGUCUGCUCAGAUUUUUUUUUGUUUGGAUACAGGUUUAAGUGAAUUCCUUUCAUAAACAUUUACCUUGAAGUGUAUAAUUCAUUUUCAUCUUGUGAAAUCAAACUCACCAGAUAAUAACUGGGUUAUCCUACGUACCCAUUUUGGACACUCUUCCUUUUGGUUUAAAUAAGGAGCAUUAACAUGUAGGCAAGCAGCUGAUCUGUAGAAUCGGUGCCUAAAACCCAGAGCCUUGCUGUAAAUCUCAGCUAAUGAGUUUCAUACCUUUAACACACACAUGCUAACUGUUUUCUGUGAAUAUAAGCAGCUUUGUAGAAGAUUGUUGUAAAAGAGGACAAGACUAAGUCUUGUUGAAUUUGAGUGUUGUAUUGAAGAAUUGUAACUCGAGUAAGAGGUGAUUAAAAAGCGAGGAGAGGA